AUUUUAAUUAAUGUCAGUUGCAAGAGAAUAUAAGCUAAGAGAGUUAUGCUCGAAUCCGAUUACUCAUUUUCAACAGAGGGCAACUACUCCUGGACCUCAGAGAAGAGGGGAGUUCAAGUCGAUGGGUCAGAUAAAAGAUUUCAAAUUCUUAUACGAAGCUCAAGCUAAUAAAGUGAGGAUGACUGAUACUUUUAAGUCCUCAGUAAUUCCUGAGCAGCAGAGAGAUCUUUCAUCAACUUUGGUCAUUGGAAACCAACAGCCUCGUGAAAAGAAUGGCCAAGCUCCUGCAGUAAAAUCAGCUAGAAGAGAAAGAUGUAAAUCAGCAGUUUUUGCUCAGCCAUCAGAAGGCUUUGAUAUCAAGUCAAAGAACUUUGAAGAAAUCAUGAAUGAGGGCCAUCAAAGACUUCGAGUCAAUCCAACAUUCACUUCCUCAGUGAUGCCAAUGGGAAUUUCCAAUCUAGCACAUCAGAAUCAUGCUCCAUCAGCUGGAGAGAAAUGGAAAUUACAAAAAGAAGAUAUCAUUCCUGAGAAAAUAAAUAAUGUCAAUAGGAAGAAAUCAGAUAUGCAUAAAAUGUAUUUUGGUCUGAAAGAUACCCCUUUCCAAAGAUAUUUUAAAGAACAUUAUGGAGACAAGCAUAAGGCACCAUCACGUGGCAAUUGUAAGAGUCAGCACAAUAUUGGCCAAACUGUCGGUUUCAAUGCAUAUUCCAACAAAAAGGAUGUCUACAAAGACCUUGAUGCUGAGGGAAGAAGGGCUAAGGAACUUGAUUCAUGUCUGUGGGCAGAAAGUAAUGGAAAUUACAAAUCAUUCACUCAAAAAGACAUGACUCAAAAAGAUAAAACUAAUAUAUCAGCAACUACAGGUUGGCAUUGAAAAGAAGCUGCCAGGCGUCAUGAUAACAAGGAUAAGGCAGUGAACAGUAAGAAAAUAACACAGGAGAAUCUUGCUAGCCAAGUCCUGCCAAUGGGUACAUACAAGGCUCCUACGAUGUACUCUACUUAUCAGCAAGAAAGUAAAGAUGAUAGAAGAAAGCUGUUUGACACCAAGAAAUUCCAUAAGAAACAAAGAGUGAUGGUAACUAAUACUAACUGGAAUGAUACAAAAUCUGAAGGCCUCCUAAAUAAUGGAGGCUAUGAGAGGAAGAGCUUCAUUAAUCUUCUAAAUCAGAGUGCUCUUCAGAGAGACCCUGCCAACCAUCAUCUAACCAAAAGUAUUGAUUCUGGAAUAAAUCUCAGUUCGAUAAAGAAGCAAGAGAAUCUAGCGAGCAAUAUUGGAAUAUCAAACUUGUAUGAAGAGUUUUUAACAAAGAAGGUAAAUGAGAAGCAAAACUCUCCUUCAAAGAUAAAAGUUGCUUCUGUUGAUCAAUACAAUCAUAAAGAACUCAGACAAAAGAAUCUUGAGGGGCAGGAAGAUAGAUACAUGUUCAAUGCCCAGAAAGCUGCUCCAGCGAAAAGAACUGACACAAGCGUGCACACUCUUGAUAUGCAUAACAUUCCAGCCGGGGUUGACAAGGAUAAUCUGAAGAGAGCGCUUGGGAACCUUCAUGUUGUCUCCCUAGAUAUAAACACAGAUCACCUUAAAAAUGUCAGCACUGGCGAAGGAAGAAUUUGAUUCAGGAGUAACACUGAGAGCGAAAAGGAGAAGAUCCAAGAGACUCUCAAAGAUAUUGGGAUAUCUACAUCAGACUACAUAUUCAAGAACAAAAAUAGAACUUCUAGAAUUGGAACUACCCAAGUUAGCGUACUUGACUCUCGGAAUGAAAUUGAUUGCUCAAAAGGUAAAAGAACCAUGAAAGUUGAGAAUAAUGCUGAUAAAAAGGACAAAUCCACUACUAAAGUCACUGGAAAAGUUGGUGAAAACUUGUUCAUAAGACCAAAAGACUACUUAAAGCAGACCAAAAAUGACACCAGAACCAAAAGAACCGCCUUUUAUGAGAGCUGAGGCGACCUGCUAGGCAACACCAACGGCACAUAUGCUAAGAAUCAUCUCGAAAAGGUUAAAAGAAAUAGAAAGAAUUUAGAUAAAAACAUGAAAAACAUUCAAGUUCAAAACAAACUUAUUCACGAUUGGACUAAAAUGCAGAAAUAUGAUAAAUAUGCCAAGAAUAGAGCAUUAGGUCAGACCACAUCCAGAUAUGGAACAGUUCAUAAAUUUUAAAUAAGUCGAUUUAGUUCUAAAUAAAA